AUGAAGUCAUCCAUCCCUACACUUCUUUGCCUUAUCUUGUCUGCCAAGGUUAGCCUGGCUGAGUUGGAUAUCGUGACUCCAACGGAAGGCGAAGCAUGCAGAGACCAAGUCUCAAUUGACCCUGAUAUUGACCCUGAUAGAUUCUCGAGAUACUAUUUUAAAAACCUGUUUUCUGAUCGAAAACUCUACUUCAACAGUAACACAAACCACGUUGGUGCCCUCCUAAAUGGCAAUCACAAGUUUUCAUCCAAUCACUGGAUCGUCGAUUUUGCGGUGGAUUGCCCGUCUGCGUACAAAGGCCGAGAUGCUUGUGUCGCCAUCUACAAUGGAAAUUCCAGGGAGCGUUUAGCGUGCACUCAUUUUGAGAACGAGGGAUGGGAAAAAGGCGUCCACCUCAUCCCUGGCAGUAAGGUUGGCGACGAGACGAUCAAGCCCCACGAGAUUUGGGUUUGGGAGACGAGACCCGACCCGUGCAAUUCUAUUACAUGCGACGUGAUAUCCCUCAGAAAUGCAGGCAACAGACGCCGUCUUUAUGCCACCGACAGUGGUGAUAUGCUGUCCAAGUUCGGUGCAACCGAUCCGAAUGGUGAAAUCCUCUGGCAAGACCAGAAGUGGGAGGCCUAUCCAAUCAUGACCCAAGUCAAGUCCGAAUAGGUUCUUAGCGUUCUUUUUGGUUGAAACAAAGCAAGCAAGCACUAGAGUGCCACUAACUAAGCAUCCUGUAAACGCCAUGAAUCACUAACGAUUGGUAGAGAGGGAAGUCCAAAGGAAACACGCU